GUAGUUCCUCAAAAGAGUUGACAACCCUGCCCGGGCGCAAAUGCGGAGCUAAACAAAACCGAAAACCUGAAAAAUAAACUGAAAAACCCAGGGUAUUACGAGUGCACCAUGGACACGGAAGAAGUGAAGCGCGGCCGAGGACGUGGACGUGGAACAAGGGCGCGUGGUCGUGGGCGGGGGCGAGGACGCGGUCGUGGCAAGAAAACUGACGACACCAGUAUCGCCGAUGCCGCCGCAGCCCUGGCUGCAAGCAAUUGUGCAGCCCUGGAGGACAGUCCGGGAAGACUGGAGCCCUCCGAAGAUUCUGUUAUGCAGGAUCUCGACAAGGAGGGCGAAAUGGAAGCUGUAAAUGCCCUGGAAGAGCCUCAGGGAGCACAAGGUUCAAUCGCCACAAACGCAGACACGACUCUAGCCACGCCGCAACCACAGGUUCUGCAGCAGGUGCCACCUCCUGUGCUCAGUCAAACAAUUGACAUGGAAGCGGACAUUUCUCAGCUUGAGGCACCCACAUUCACUACACUUUCUCGUGGACCUCCAGAACCGAUGCUGCGCCUGAAAUGGAACCACAAGGUGAGCCUGAUCGGCGAGAAGGUACUCAACCCGAUGAUCCACUGCUGCGACCAGUGCGACAAGCCGAUCCUCGUCUACGGCAGGAUGAUACCCUGCAAACAUGUUUUCUGCCUUAAGUGCGCACGCGCUGAGCCCAUAAAAAGUUGUCCUCGGUGUACGGACAAAGUUCUUCGUGUAGAGCAAAGUGGACUGGGCACCGUGUUCAUGUGCACUCACGGCGGAAGCCGGUACGGGAGCUCCGGCUGUCGGCGAACCUACCUCUCGCAACGCGACCUGCAAGCGCACAUCAACCACAGACAUGUGGCGCCGCAACCGCCACCAUUGCAGCCACUGCCACAGCUGGCGUCCAUGGCAGAGCAGCCCAAAAUGACGGAUCUGGGCGGCGUCGGUCUGGGCAUGGAGUUGCACAAGCAGCGCAAGCUCUCCGAGUCGUCUGUCCCUGUAUCCCAUUCUGCCUCCAUUACCCGCCCUCUGUCACGGCCACUGACUGGUGUCGGAGGCAUCGGUAGCAUACCACCGCCAGGAUGCGCCGCCGCCCAAAACGCCAUUCAUGGCGGCCACUCGACGCUCACGCUGGCCAAUUUGGCCAGGAUUAACAAUGCUAAUGCACAGGACUGUCACCAGGGCAAGGCUUCGCUACACCACAGCCUCAAGAAGGGUCCGCCCCAUCAGUCCGAGUCUGUGGCGGAUGCCUCUUACUACAGCAGCGUGCUUGCCUCGUUUGGUAGUGCGGGGUCGGGGCCACCGGGUGUGGGAGCUACCGGACCCCCGGCUAACUCAAUUCCCGGCUGCUCAAGUGUCCAGAUGGGUGGCUCUGUAGAAACGUCAGCUAUUAAUCCAAGUGGCAACUGGCAGCAAUCGCAAUAUUACAGAUAAGGGGCGGACCAAGGGGCCAAAAGACUCAAAAUCCACAGGGGCAGCAGAUUUUUACGCAGGCACGGCUUUUAAUUAAGUGAAUUAAAUGUAUUUUAAGAGAAAAUUAUUAAAAGGAAUUUACGGAUUUAAACGAA